AUGAUUUGUUUUGGGAGAAGUGGGAUUAAGAUGAUUAGAUCUCGUGGUAUCAGAGCUUUAACAGUUAGACCAGUUAAAGUUAACCAGAGUGUAUCACGAAUCCACACUGGAAAAGUUUCGCUAGCAUCUGAUAGACGAAGCAAUUCCACGUCUACUACACACUCAGGGGUUGGUGUAGCUGGAACUGUGGGUGGAACUGGAACAGUUUCUCAGAGCUCAAGAGGCAUUCAAAAAGAACUGGUAUUUCCUGGAUCAAUUCGGAGUCAAUUUACUACACAGCUGAACUUCAAUGACCCCUCUGAAGCUACCCCAAUGCCAACCUAUCGGUUAAUAGAUUUAGAUGGUCAUCAGCUUGAUCCAGAGUACAAAAUUCCAUUCGAUAAGGAGAAAUCAUUAAAAAUGUAUAGAGAUAUGCUGACGGUCAGUAUUAUGGAUAGCAUUAUGUACGAUGCGCAAAGACAGGGAAGAUUGAGUUUUUACAUGGUUAGUGCCGGUGAAGAGGGUGCUGCAGUUGGAAGUGCUGCUGCUCUUGAGCCUCAUGAUGUAAUGUUCUGUCAGUAUCGUGAACAAGGAGCUAUUCUGUAUCGUGGUGUCACAUUAAAGGAAUUCAUGAGUCAGCUUUAUGCUAAUGCCGAUGACUAUGGUCAGGGCCGUAACAUGCCUGUUCACUAUCAAUCCGAAAAGUUCAACAUUCAUCCUAUUUCCUCGCCUUUGGCUACACAAAUUCCCCAUGCCGCUGGUGCAGCUUAUGCCUUGAAAAUUCGAAAUAAGGAUAACAAUGAGCCGGAUUCAGGUUGUGUUAUUUGCUAUUUCGGAGAAGGCGCAGCCUCUGAGGGUGAUUUCCAUGCUGCUUUAAACAUUGCAGCCACCAGGGCUUGCCCAGUAAUCUUUUUCUGUCGUAAUAAUGGCUAUGCUAUUAGCACGCCUUCUCUUGAACAGUACAAAGGAGAUGGUAUAGCUAGUAGGGGAGUAGGAUACGGAAUUGAUACUAUUCGUGUCGAUGGUAAUGAUCUUGCUGCUGUUCAUCGAGUCACCCGUGAGGCUCGGAAGCUUGCAGUUGAAAAUCAGAGACCUGUACUUAUUGAAGCUAUGUCCUAUCGAGUUUCUCACCACUCUACUAGUGACGACUCAUUUGCAUACCGUUCUAAGACAGAGGUGGAGGAUUGGAAGAGGCGAGAUAAUCCACUUGCAAGAAUGCGCAAGUGGCUAGAACUCAAGGACUGGUGGUCUGAGGAUCUUGAACAGCAAACACGUAAAGAGAUACGUCGUGAAAUUCUCAGCGAAAUGGCUGCUGCUGAGAAGAGAAAAAAACCCAGUCUUGACCAGAUCUUUAACGGUGUUUACAGUGAACUCACGGAACCUCUUAAAAGACAACGGGAAGAAUUAAAAGAAAUCCUAGAUACAUACCCGGAGCACUAUGAUCUUUCGCAUUACGAGAAAGGGCGCGAGGGUCUAAACUAA